CAACUUAGGAGUGAUGCACAAUAUUCGAUGAAAAAAAGGAUUGAAAAUCGACCAAAAUAAACAAAAUUAAAGCAGCAAAGGAAAGGCUGAAGAUGUGAUAUAAAAGCACACCUAUUGGACAUAAAUCAACUUUCAAUCACGAACAAUUAAUGAAAUUCAUCGUUAUUGAUCCAACAAAUGGUUGCUAAGUUCAACAUUUGUUAUUAAAGUAUAAACAAAUCCACGAAUACCUCAGUGUAAAUUGAUGACAACUAGGGGAAAAGUGUAAUUUCUGCUAAAGACUCCAACUAAAUCCAUUGGCUGGCGUGAUUUCUAUCGACAAACUAAAUUCAGUCCCAAAAUGUGUUUCACAAUCGAUCAAAUCGAACAAGCCUGUGGUUUUGUGCUGCUGAACGAGUCCAACACCUUCGUUUACUGCUGCAAUAAGUGUCAGUGUGAAUAUGACUCUGGAUCCAAUUUAGAAGUGCACUUUUUAUCAGAGCAUCAAGACGACAAGACACACAUUGAAAAUCUGUUUGUGAACGAUGGCAUUCUUGUGGAGGAUUGUACUCUUGAACCACCAUUGCAAGACUUCUCAACGGAAGUUACUAACGAAGCUCUACAACAUGGUUCAAUAUCCAAAAUUGAGUUGAUUAUUCAGGCAGUUGAAGAGAAAUAUGGACAACGGUGCGAAAUUGAAGCGAAAAAUCAGCAUAGAACUGAUGAAGAGAUGAAAUACAAGCGAAAAGCUUCCGAAGAGACAAAAAAUAAGCGAAAAACUAACAAAGAGAUAAAAAUUGAUGCAAAUGUUACCACGAAGGGAGGCGUGGUUCAAAGUGAUGAAGAUUUACAAAGCGAAGAGAUAAAACUCAGGAAUGGAUUUGAAUUAAAACCAAUCAGUCAAAGUCCCACUACUACUUCAGCUCUACUCGAUUCCGACAAAGAAAGUCAUGAUUCAAUCAUCGACAAGGAAUUGGCCAAAUUGAAACCGAAGAAGUCAAAACGAUGCAAAACUGCGACAAAGAACCAAAAGUCCAAAGAGGGAAAUUCGGAUAGACAAAAACUGAAAGGGCAGUCAAGACCUAAGCAAGUGUACUACUGUGAAAUGUGCCCAGACAUCACUCUCAGUACAUUUAACAUUCUUCAGGCGCACAUGCGAAAACACCGCGACAAUCGAUUUCUAACGAAAAGGUGCCAAAUUUGCAAUAAAAAGGCGCGAAAUCUUGAGAAGCACAUGAGAUUGAAUCAUUUGGAAGAAAGGCCAUACAAAUGUGACUUUUGCGGAAAUUGCUAUCGGACCAAUAACAAUCGACUGAAUCAUAUGCGCGUUCAUACGCUUGAGCGACCGUUUCUAUGUGAAACGUGUGGCAAAGACUUCACAUCGUUGAGUUCAAAAACCAAACACAUAAAACAAGUGCACACAAAAAUUCGCGAGUAUCAGUGUCCACAAUGUGACCGGGCAUUCAUCAUUCCGUGUCGUCUUCAGGAGCAUAUUUACGCAUUUCAUUCUGGUCAACGACCUUUUGUCUGCGACAUAUGUGGUGAUGCUUUCUCUACUACAAGCAAUCUGAGGAAUCAUAAACUAAUUCAUGGCGAACGGACGAAACAGUGUGGAUAUUGUGAGAAAAAAUUUAAAACCAAUCGAACAAGACGAAGUCAUGAGAAAGCCGUUCAUAAAAUUACGAAUGAUUUAAUUCUGAAGAGAAAUAAAUGGAGAAAUUUAUCGAAUCAGCCUUUGGCAUAUUCCAUGGAAACUGCACUUCAGUCGAGCGUAGACGUUGCAUAUGACAUUUCGAUUUUUCGACACUUCGAAAUGCGUAAUCUCUAUUGCAGAGGUUUUUCGAUGUGUUUCACGGUCGAUCAAAUUGAACGAGCCUGUGGACUAUUGCUGCUGAACGAGUCCAACACCUUUGUUUACUGCUGCAAAAGUUGUCAGAGUGCAUUUGAUUCUGGUUCCUAUUUGGAAGUGCACAUUCUAUCGGCGCAUCAAGACGACAAGAGCCACGUUGAAAGUGUAUUUGUUGAUGAUGAGACUUUUGUGGACGAUGACUAUGGACAAGAAGUGGAAAAUUGUUACACAACCGGCACAAUGGCCAUUAAACUAGAGCCAUUUGACAUAAAAACAGAGAAUGAUGUUUUGGAAGACGAUGCUGUGAAAGAUGAAAUUGUAAUUAUCGGAGAAAAUUUGGAGCCAAAUUCUUAUUUGUCCUUGAAUAAUGGAAAUGAUGGUAAAAACAACCGUAUUGAUGAAACCACAAGCAAAAGUGAUAUCCAUGAGCUUAAAGCAGUAUUAAAGACGGAGAAAAAAGCGAAAAAAUCGACUGAAGAACAGACAAAGAAAGGGCCAAAGAGAGAAAUCAUAGCUGAGCCAUCAACACCACCCAAAUUAUUCCAUUGUGAAUGGUGUCCGCAGGUCGAAUUCAAUGACAAGCGAAAAAUCAGAAAUCACAUGAAUAUCCAUAUCAAAAAGAAAAUUUUCUACGUUUGUACCUAUCGGACAUGCGGCCAAAAGUAUACAAACUUCGAGAAACACAUGAAAGGCUAUCACAAGAUGAAACAGCCGUACAAAUGCAACGACUGUGAUGCAGCAUUUUCGACUCACAGCGGUUUCACGAGACAUUUACGAAUGCAUGCCGGUGAAGAGCCGUUCGAAUGUGAGUUUUGCUUCAAAACCUUCGGUUGUAAGGCGACGUGGCGUCGUCACGAAAUGUUAAAGCACUUGAAAGGGGCGCAAAAUAUUUGUGAAUACUGCAAUCGACCGUUUUUUACAAAAACUCUCCUCGCCAGGCAUGUGAACAAAGCUCAUUUGAAAAUCGAAACGCAUUUUGCGCACAAAUGCAACGAAUGUGGCAAAUCGUUUGCUGCGGAACGAAGCUUACGUAGUCAUGCAAAAUUUCACACAGAGCCCAAGUGCAAAUAUUGCCCGCAGGUGUUUAAAACGUAUAAGGCUCGUCGUCAACAUCAACGGAUGCAGCAUGAAUUAGAGGAUGAAACACCAGAAGAAGAAAUUACUUUGGUUUCAUGUUCAACAUUACCAAAUCAGUUGUCAUUUAAUAAAUAAGUUAAACAAUGUCAAUCAACAUCACAUUUACACGUAUGAAUAUGUUUAUAAACAUUGAUUAACAAGAAAUUGAAGUUUUCUAUUGGAACUAUUUUUCAGAGGUGAAAGAGAGUUCAGUUCGUUUUUAAAUUACACAAUUUGGAUGUUUAUUCAUAGGUUCUAUAAUUUUAGGCGUUUUUCUCACGUAAACGUCAUUUACUUUAUAUGAUUUCACUUCAU